UCGUUCUCUCCAUAGUCAUAGGGUAUUGUACACAAAGUAGAAGAGUGUCGUCAUUCAGUGAGUGACCUCUGGGACUGUUAAAAUUGUGAUUAUAGAUUAGAGGUGAAAUGUUGGGCAUGUGGUGAUUUUGUUGUAUUUUAUUGAUAUUGUCUUAUUUUGAUGUUCCUGGGUAAGGAACCUUUAGUGCGGAUUGCAAGAAAAGUGAAUACUGCAUAACAAGUUCUCCAACAGGCACUCAAUCAUGGCAGAUGAUAUUCAUGACUGGUGCAAUAAGAACUUCAAUUUGACAUUAGAAGACAUCAUCGGUAACCUGGGCGAUGAGUCGUCCCUGCUCGAAGGUAUCGAUGACGCGCCGAUGGGCCCUGCGGACGACGGUCGGUCCGGGGGCGGCGCGGCCGACCCGCCCGCCGACUGGCUGGCCGUGCCCGGUGUGAAGCGCGAGGAGGCCAGCCUGCCGUCGCCGCCGCAGCAGAAGCCGGCGGCGGCGGCGGCGCGGCCCGUGCAGCCGGUGCGCCCGCUGCCGGCCGCCGCCAUCGUCUCCCAGACGCCCGUGGUCAUUGACGGGAAGACGUACGUCAUCAGCGGGCAGAUGCCGGCCGGCGCGACAGCGGCUACCGUGGCCUCCACGCCGGCGCAGAUCAUCAAAACGGAACAGCCCCAGACCACUCUGGCGGUGUCUGGCUCGCCGGUGAUCUACACCACGGUGCCGUCCCAGGUGCUGAACGGCGCGCCGGUGGCCGUGCCGACCCUGGUCACGGCCGGCUUCCCGCUGCUGGUGGACGCCGACCGACUCCCCAUCAGCAAACUGCCGCCGAGCACCCCGGCGGGCGGCGGCCGGCCGCGCCCCGCCAGCGUCUCCCCCUCGGCCUCCACCGCCGGUGACGAGCCGCCGCGCAAAAACUCACACAACGCCAUCGAGAAACGUUACCGGACCAGCAUCAACGACAAGAUCCAGGACAUGAGGGUGCUCGUCUGCGGGCCCGACAGCGACUCAAAGAUGACCAAGUCAGCGAUCCUGAAGAAGGCCAUCGACUACAUCCGUUUCCUGAAGCACCAGAACCAACGGUUCCGGGACGAGCUGCGCGUGCUGCGUAAGCCGAUCGACCCGUCCUCUGCCCGCCUGGAGGACCUGCUGCGCCCCUCUGUGUACAGCAGUCCGCCGCACACGGACUCGGGUCCGUCCAGCCCGGACGAGGCCAGCGGCGGGCCGAGCUCUUCGGAGCCGACUGGGUCUCCCAGCUCCUCGUCACCGUCGCCGGGCAGUGUGCUCUCGCCGCCCGCCGUCAGCACAGAGUAUAACGAGCGCGUGGCGUUCGAGUUCGGCCUGCCGAGUCCGCCGGGCCUGUCGGACCGCACGCGCAUGACGCUCUGCAUGUUCCUGCUGGCGUUCCUGGCGUUCAACCCGGUGCGUCAGGUGACCGAGUGGGGCCGCGACUCUCUGGCGCCGGCCUCCAUGGCGGCACCCGUGGCGGGGCGCACCAUGCUCUCCGCCGAGCCAGAGCCCAGCUCGUGGUGGACCAUGCUGUUCUCUCCGGUGACUGUAUGGCUAACGAACGUCGUCAUCUUCCUGAUCCUGCUGCUGAACAUCUUCAUCUACGGAGAGCCCAAGGUGGCACUGCACUGUGACGCCGCGCGCGCCUUCUGGAAGAUGAAGGAACAGGGAGAGACAGAUCAUCGCAAUGGUCGGAUCGCCGAGGCUCGUGACCAUCUGGAGCGCAGCCUGCGCCACAUCUCCAAGCCGGUGCCGAGCUCUGCGCUGCAGUGGGCGGUGGCCUUUGUGUGGCAGGUGUUCAGACAGGCGUCCCAUCACAUACCAGGAGGACUAUGGCUGGCGCGCCGCGGACACCGCGUGCUCAUGUCCAGACGGGAGCGGGAGGACCUGUACAUGAUGUCGGCCGGCUACGCGCGCGUCUACCACCGUCUGCACCAGCUGAGUCUGUCCGGUCACGGUCCGGACGGCCGGGUGCCGGGCCUCACCCUGUCCCUGGCGGCGCUCAACUACGCUGAGGUGGCCGGCGGCGCCCUGUCGCCCAGCUGCCGCGCCGAGACGUUCGCCUGCGCGGCGCUGCAGCUCAAACAGUCCCUUCCGGACAUGUGCGGCUGGCUGGCGCGCCUGAUCCUGCAGAAGGGUCUGGCCGGCCUGGAGACGGUACCCGUCAGCCUGCGCUGGCUGGCGACUAGUGACGGCAUGCGCUUCUUCAUGGAGCACAAGUGGACGUACGAGAAGGAGCGGAGCAGCAUGUUCGCCUCGUCGCCGCCGGCCAGCCCGCUGUUCUACGUCAGACAGCUAUUUCACGAGCACCUACUGGAGCGGACCGUGCAGACGCUCACCAUGCCGGGCGCGCGCUGCGUGGACGUCUGUGACAAGGACCUGUUGCGGCGCAGUCACGUGGCGGACGCGCUGCGCUACUGCCAGCUGGUCUCGGACACGACCGAGACGCGCGCCGCCGACGACGCGGCGGUGCGCUGGUGGGCCGGCGUCGCCGAGCUGAUCGCCGUCUGGUGGCUGGGCCAGGACGAGCGCGCCGCCGAGCUCUACGGCCGGGUGGAGGCGCUGCCGGCGCCGCUGCACGACACAGAGGACCCGCUGCCGCGCGCCGUCCGCGUGGCCCUGCAGGCGUGGCGGUGCCAGUCGCGCGGCGGCGGCCCUGCCCAGGUGCUGCCCGCCUGCCGCGUGUCGGCCGCUCUGCUCGAGGAGAGCAUCACACUGAGCGGCUGCACGGGCGUCACCAGCGUGGCCACACAGCACAUCCAGCUGCUGGUGUGUGACCUGCUGCUGCAGACGCGCACCGGCGUCUGGGAGCAGUCGCGGCGGGUGCCGCCCGCCGGCCGCCAGCUGGCCGAGUUCCAGCAGGUGCUCACCUGUCUGCGAGCAGUCUCCGUGCGCCUGCCGUGCGCCCUCAGCCGCGUCUUUCUGCAUGAGGCCACCGUGCGCAUGAUGGCCGGAGCGGCGCCGGCGCGCACCCAGCAGCUGCUCGAGAGGUCGCUGCGCAACCGCAGCGGUCGCAGCUACUCUGUCAUCUGCGGCUCUGAGAAGCAGCCGCACCAGUACGUCGGCGAGCGAGAGCACGCCAUCGCCCUGAUGAUGGCCUGCAAACACCUGCCCGAAGACCUGAUCUCCUGUCCCGGAGAGCGGGCAGGCAUGCUGACGGAGGCGGCCGCCACGCUGGAGAAGAUAGGCGACAAGCGCCGCCUCAAAGACUGCUUCACCAUGAUGAAGUCGAUCGGCGCCUCGUUCCCCUCGGAGCGGGCCCUCUGAGCGAGACAGGUCUCAAGACGUGAGGGAGACACGCAGUGUCCCUGGUCAUGUCAAUGUUGUUCGUUAUUUAAGUUUUACUCAGCCAAUCGCCGUCUGUAUUCUCCCAAAAUGUGCACGGCUGUCGUCGUUGCUGCACUGAUGCCACUCUGGUCGUGUCUGGUCCGGCUUUCGUAUCCGAGGGACCCGUAUUCAGCUUUUGGUUUUGUUUGCCCUGAGGUAGCAAAAUUCAGUCAUUGUUUCAGUCGCUUAUUUUGCUGUCAGCCGACAGGCGCGGUUGGUCUCGUUGUGUUGCUGUUGACAUUGUACCUGUUUCCGUGGGUAGCAUAGGGGCCCGUACAUGAUAGUUUUGUUCCUCUUGUUUACUACACCCUCCCAUCAUUGCUCGUCAUAGACGUAGAUUUCAUAGUCAUUUUAUGAAUAGGGGCCCGUGUGUAUAAAUACUAUAAGAGGUACCAUUUUUAAGGGCUAUUAGAAUAGACGCAUUACCCGGAUAAGCAGCGGCCUGCUUUGGAUAUGACACUGUCUGAGCGAGUGAUGUGGCCAGCCCGAGGCUGAGCUGACCUUCACAUGGCUCGUAUGGUUCGCUGAAUAUUUUGUCGGAUUGGAACCAAAUAUAGCAGCUGUUUGCUGUAGUA